AUGCUCAAAAACUUUGGAGAAUUCUUAAGAAGAAUUGAUUAAUUUGGAGCCAAUUAUAAACCUAGUUAUGCCUAUGGAGAAGUUCAAUACAGAACAUCUUUGGGAGGAUUACUAUCAAUUAUUUUAUAUGGAUUAAGUUUGGCUUAUUUAAUAUAUGAAAUGGUGUUGUGGAAGUCUGGGAGAAUACUUCCAAAAAUUACAUCCUUGAAUACAGAAAUUGAAACUUAUUAAUUAUCUUUUGAUAAAGUAGUUUCCUUUUGUUUGAGAAGACACAAGAGUAUUACAGAUUAAAUUGACCCUUUUGAUCCUAAUCAUGUAGUUUUAAUACCAAUGCUAUAUGAAAUAAUAGAUGACGAACUCUAGGAUCCAUUACCGUUAUUUUCAACAAAGAAAUCGGAUAAACAUGGAACUACAUUGAUAGAACUCAAAGAUAUUUAAUUGUCAAAUAAUCAACAUUAAUCAAUAAAAUAUCCAAAUAAGGAGUAUAUGCUUAUUUUAUAAUAAUGUGUUUAAACUAUAUUACCUUUAGGAUGGUGUUGCGCAGAUGAUGAUAUAAUUAAGAGAUUCUUUAAUUAAAGAUAGAAUUAAUUGUCCAUCUAGACAUUUUUUAAUUAAUUUAAUACUUCCACAAGAUAAUUAGACUUAGUCGAGUAAGAUUAUUAUGCUUCUAUUGACAAUAAAACUACAUAUUUUAGUCAAAUAACUAUCUGUACAUCAAAUGUAUCAAUAGACACUGGAUUUAUAUUGGAGAGUUUGGAAAUUAUGGAAUUUCCUAGUUCAACUUAAUAAUAUAUUCAGUAGAUGGAUUUAGAUUAUUUUACUCACACUUUUCAUAAGGAAGUGUAUGUUGUAUUUGAAUUUUAGUUGGGAACCUUGUAAUAGACAGUGGUGAUUGAAUAUCCAAAAAUCUCUGAAGUAUUAGCAAAUAUUGGAUCUAUAAUAUCUUUCUUUUUAUUCUUCUCUCAUUUUGCUUACAUCAUAAAUGAGAAGAAUUUAGAAUCAAAGGUAGUUAGAACUCUAAUUGAAAUGUAUUAUCCUUAAAUGAAAUAAAUUACUUUUGAGAAAAAUUUCUUUGGCAAAGUGAUCAAUAUCAGAUAUCAAAAUUAAUUAAUAGCAAUUUCAUUUUUAAAAUCUUAUAAAAAAUUGUUAAGAAUUGCCUCUGCAAAAUUAUGUUUAACCAAUACUUUAUAUGAAAUCUCUAGAUUAUAAUUCAUAAUAAGGGCAAUAUGUGAUAAGGAAGUAUUUAGAAACUGUCAUGAAAUUGGAAUAAUAUUAAAAUCUUUAGAAAUAGAAACUAACUCAAUAAAAAUUGAUAAUAAUCAAAAUAUUGAUAACAAUUAAGAACUUAAAUAAGAUAUCAUUGAUAAUAAUUCAAUUGAUGAUUAGAAUCAUAAUAUACUCAAAAUUGUAAUUCUAUAUUUUCUAAUUAUUUAGAUACCAUAAACUUUGGUAGAUGUAUCAUAAUCCAUUGUAUAAUUCUAAAAAUUAAAUCAAUCUCAAAGUCUAUUUUUGGGAAAGAAUAUGCAACCUCAAGAAUCAAUAGAUGCUGAAUUGAAAUUGACUGAUGAAGAUUUUUAUAUCCUCAUGUAAGAAUAGUAGAAAAUAAAGGAUUUCAACAUAGUUGAAUUGUAUGAUACUAUGACACCUAAAGCUAAAUCUUAAAUUCAUAAACCUAAUUGA